AGGAGGCGCUGUUGCUGCCUGAAAAUGGCGGAGAUCACCGUACUGUAUGAGGCGAGAUCUAGCAAAUAUCUUGCUGGCUAGCAACUUGAAGCGAUUUAAUAUUUUAAAGUAUAUGGAACAUACCAUCCUAGUUGCAGAAAUAUCAGGCUUGAAUAUCCGGUCACAUCGGACAGAAGAGCGAAACGCUGACAUAGCGGGGAAGUGGAUGCCACACAUAACUGAGAGACGUAUGGUCAGCUCAGCACACUGGCCGCUCAACGUCCCUUUCCACUCUGUUAUACACCUGGAACGCGUCCUGACGCACGUGGGGCCGCUGUUGUCAGGGUUCUACCCCAAGGGAGAGCAACAACAAAGGGGGAUGACAUCAUGCCUGUGAGGGGAAAAAGAGCGACGCUCUCUUCUCAUUCUGAACUACCACCACCAGCAAAAAUAAAAUGAGGUGUCUGGCAGUGGGGUCUGAAGAGAGAUGGAGAGCUACGAGGAGUUCUGCUUCAGCAGCCUGGCCCGGCUACAGACACAGGGGAAGAGGAAGAGUAGCUGCGAGGCCUCCGGCCAGCAGAGGGCGCUCUCCCUCAUCCAGUUUCAUGGAAGGGCCCUGCUGUCACCUGUGCUAAGCGAUGAGCAGCGCAGGGAGAUGGUGAGGUACAGACAGAGGGCUACGCAGCUGGAUGCUGAGAGACAGAGUUUGCGCAAGGAGAGACUACUGACCCAGGUUCAGAACAUUCUGGAUGGUGUACAGGUGCGUCAGGUGCCAGAGGAGGAGGAGCAGCCCCAGACCCCGCCUACACACGGCUCCCCAAAACCAGAGCUCCCAAAUGGUUUCACCCUGCCUCCCCGCUGUGGAAGGGGGGUUGACGUCGCUCCAUGUGGCACUAACGGGGGCGGAGCCCAAGAGAAGGUGACCCCCGUGUUCCAGAACGGGAUGAGAGGGGAAGCGGGGGAAGAGCAGGACGAGGGGGGAGAGGAGGGGGGCGCGAGGAUGCAGAGCCUGCUCAAGAGGUCCCGGGAGUGCAUGGAGAGGGAACCGGGCUGGCUGGGGUCCCGGGGCAGCUGCAAGACCACGCCCACGGCCACGCCCACAGCCACGCCCACCGACGUGCUGAGAGAGAGCCUCUUCGAUAAGGAGAACGAGAGUGGCGGGGGGCAGCCCAGCCCCGCCCCAGACCACGCCCAUGCCCACCCUGGCCUGGACCCGAGCUCCUCCCCCAGUCCCCUGUCGGGCCUCGCGGGGCCUUACGCCCAGCUCCCCAGCCCGGAGCCCAGCAUAAGUCCCCGCCCCCACCGCCGCAGGCCCCGCCCCGUUUCCGCCGGCAACAUCUUCAUCUCCUUCCCCGUGUACGCGGCGGAGCAGGAGAGGGGCACGCUGGCAGGAUGGGGGCUCGCGGGGACCGCCACGCCCUCAAAUGAGAGGUCCCCGCCAAACCACCCAUCGCUCGCCGACUCACUGCUGCCCCCUGGAGCCGGCGAGCGGCGCGGCAGCCAUUCUGGAGCGGGCGCGGGCGGCGAGGCGGGCGGACCGGCGGGGUUCCGCAGGCGCUCCCAAACGCUGGACAGCCAGCCGCACCCCGCCGUGGACCGCAGCCAGGAGAGAGUCCCGCGCUUCAUGGGCGGGGUCCCCUGGCGCCCGCCGUGCCGUCGCUCCCCCCCCGCGCCCCUCGGCCAGUCGUACGACCUGGAGAGCCCCGUCCCGGCGCUGCUGCGCCCCCAGGUGGCCCCCGCGCGCUCCCCCUCGCCCGCACACUCGCCCAGCCUCGUCAAACGCAGCCUGGGCGCCGAGCCACGGCUCACUCUGGACCUCCUGACCACACCCCCGGAGCAGCCGGCCAAUCAGACCGGGGAGGCGCAGUGGGAGGUCCAUGCCCUGGAGGACAUGCGGAGGAGGCUGGAGGAGGAACACGCCCUGCAGCUGUCCCUCCUCAUCGCCGAACAAGAGAAGGAGCAACGGCACCUCCAGCAGGAGCUAGAGGAGCGGGAGAGGAGACUGAGAGACCAGGGGGCCACGAGGGCUUCCGCUGGGGACCUGGGGCCCGACUGGGAGGCCCAGAGGGAUGGAUGCCCCGCCCUAAACAUGGCAGGCCCCGCCCUCAUCCCCGCUGGCCCCGCCCUAAACCUGGCUGGCUCCGCCCCCAGUCCUGCAGGCCCUGUCCUCAGCCCUGCUUGCCCCGCCCUAAACCUGACUGGCCCCGCCCACAGCCCUGCUGGCCCCGCCCUAAACCUGACUGGCCCCACCCUCAGCCCUGCAGAGAGGUCACCCGGGCCCGUACGCAACAUGGCAGGCUUCACUUCCGCACUCAGCCCCGGCGCCCCCCCUCCUGCUGCUCAGCCCCCCGUCUACCUGUGGGGGCCCUCCUGGGGGGUCAGCAAGGCACGAGGCAGGCAGAGCCUGGUGCUGACUCCCGAGCUGCAGGGGGCGCUGUGUCGCUUAAGUGCCCUCGCCCGCGGUUUCCUCACCCGCCGGCUGCUGCAGACGGAGAAAGUGAAACACCUGCGCCAGACUGUGCAGGACACGCAGGAGUUCAUCCGCUCGUUCCGCACUGAAGCUCCCCUGAGGAGAGGCGGCUCAGUCUCUGCACAGGACCUGUCCCUGCAGGAGAGGGUCAGAGCCCAGCUGCGGGCCGCGCUGUUCGACGUGCACGACAUCUUUUUCGAGAUGCCCCUCCAGGAGCGCCUGGGACUGCUGCUACAGGACAGAGAGCUGCGUAUGGAGAGGAAGCUCAGAGAGAUGGAGAAAGCCAAGAGCCCCAGGGACAGGGUCACCCUGUCGGCCGCUACCCAGAAGUCCCUGGACAGGAAGAAGCAGAGAGUGGUUGGAAGCCCCGGGCACACCAAGAGGGUGCAACAGAAGCCAAAGAGCCCCCCCACCAACAGGGUCCUGCAGCCCAGCCAGGGACAGAACGCUCCCGUCCCGGGCCAGCUCCUCCGGCAAGGGAGUCUGUACAGGAAGACCCCAGAGGAGAGGGUAAAGCAUUCUGACACCCUAAGGAAGCAGCACUCACUGGGGUAGUGGUGAUAUCCCUCAGCCAACAAAACAAAUUCACCCCACCCCUAACCUCCCACCCCCCUCCCUGUUCCCACGUCAUCAAUCCCCCCCUUUUAAAAUUCCCAAACCUCCAUGUCCCCAAGCCAACAUCCCUCCCACCUGUAUGCAUAACAUCCCCUUCUGAAGCCCCUCCCCCCAUACACCUGCAACCCCCUUCCCAAAAUCCUACCUACCACCCCCCCACCACUCACCACAUGCAUCUCCUGCCAAGUCUCCCCAUUAGGGGGCGCUAGAUGAGUCUGUCCAGCACACACUACCUUACAAAACAUCUGUGAGGAUGAUGAUCAUCCUUCAUCGGACUAUUAUUACUACAGUAUAACAUGCAUUAAGUACAGGUAGUGAACAAAAAAACAAACAUCAAUGUUAAAAUCAUAGUUCACUUUCAGAUGUUUUGGUUUUUUUUUGUUUUAGUGUUUUCGGUUGGCACAGACAGUUUUUGUGCACAAUGAAUGAUAUUUUAUAUACUUCAGAUAUUUUAGAUUUCAGAUACACAAGUUUCUAAUGAGCUGCUGGCUUCACGAUGGCUGGUAUCGAGGCAGUUUGACUUCAGUUUCUAAAAUAUCCUUCAUCGCAAACAAAAACUGGCUGGGCUUCAAUUAAGAACAUAUGCCAACACUGAAAUAGUAUCCAAACAGAAAGUGAAGUAUGCCUUUAAUGCUCUUCAGAGGGUGCGGGGCCACCGUCUGAAAGCAGUGCAGUCUGGGUGAGCCUCAGCGUAGGGUCUGCCAGCGUCUGGAACUCAGCCGCGCCUCGGCGCCGCGGAAAUCAAUCGACUCACUUAGCGGAUGGAAGCAGAAAACGCCGACUCAGCGUUUUUUUUCCAGAGCAGACUGCGAAUGCUCGAUUGGAUGCGGAUCAGGUGACACGGAAGGGCGUGACACGCGGAUAAUUUCAGCGUCGCGCCCGUCUGACCACCGGGUGAAAAAAACCCAGUCUGCAAGAAAGAAAAGGAGAAAGAUGGAAAGAAAU